AUGGACGUCAGAUACCCCAAAGUAGCAGGAUUUGAUCUGGUCCAGCAGAUAGGUGAUGGUGGCUCCUCCAAAGUCUUUGAAGCUAUCAAUGCCUUAGACAACCGUGUUGCGGCCUGCAAAGUGAUCCCCAUCACAAAUCAGACUACCGACAAUGACCGUAAACUACUUAGCAAAGAAGCACGCAUACACGCAGUAAUGAAGCACGAGCAUGUCCUGGAGCUCCUUGCAACAGUAAUCGUGGAACUCAAAUACCAGAAAUUUUAUGUCCCAGGUGUAUAUAUGCUGAUUGAGCUGGCUGCUGGAGGAGAGUUGUUUGACAAGAUUACCCCAGAUGUAGGUAUGGGUGAACAAAUUACACAAUUCUACUUUAAGCAGUUGCUUGCUGGAGUGGAGUACAUUCAUAGCAAGGGCAUAUGUCACCGCGAUUUGAAACCUGAAAACCUGUUAUUAGAUGUCAAUGGAAACCUCAAAGUUGGGGACUUUGGGCUAUCUGCAGUCUUCCGCCUAGGCAAUGGUAAAACUAGAAGGCUAUCUGAAAAAUGCGGAAGUUUGCCCUACGUCGCCCCCGAGGUGAUCAGCGACGACACUUAUGCUGCAGAGCCCAUUGACAUAUGGGGAACUGGUGUAAUUUUAUUCAUGCUCCUUGUUGGCAAGAUACCAUGGACCGAACCCACAAUACAAAGUGCAGAAUAUCAGAAAUACAUAUCAGGACUUAUUUUUGAGAAAGUACCCUGGACUAAGUUGAGUGAUGAUGCGCUUUCCCUCAUAUGUGGCUUAGUAACUAUUGACCCAUCCCAACGAUUGACCCUCUCUGAAGCAAUGCAACAUCCAUGGUACACCCGAGAAAAUGUACUUGCACACCAAAGUAGUGAAGUACUUGCCAGCAAGCUAGUGCAGUCAGCUUCUAUAGAUACCUUAUCCCAGCCCACCAAUCAGUAUGGCUGGAGUAUUAAUUUACAAAGCCACCAAUGUUUCCUGUAUGCACAUAGUAGCUCACUGUUUAUCUUCAGUCCUGACUCCACACAGUCACAGACUCAGUUAGGCACAUGUUACACCCCAUGCCUCACCUGGUUCCAUGCAUCCCUUGGCCCAGUGUUGCUGGUACCGAUCAUGAAAGAGGCCCUGGUUGAUUUGGGAAUUAGUUACAAAGAAAGUUUUCAAGGGGGUGAUUAUGAAACAGGCAUCAAUGGAGAAUGGAAACUGGAAAUCAAGGGCCGAGAUGCACAGAAGAUGUCCUUCUCAGGAUGGAUUGAGAUGGAAAACUUUAUGCAUGAGGAGAUAAAGGGGUCCUUUUGCAUAAUGUCACGGGCCAAGGGUGAACCCCUUUCAUGGCAACAAACUUUCCAGUCUCUGCUUGAAUCAAAUGCAGUGAGCCCCCAUAUCAUCAGGACCAAGAUUUGA